AUGAAGCUCUACCCCUGGCCUUCGUUUGAGAGCUGUACAUGUGGGGAUGUCGGGACAUCCACAGUAUGCGUGUUUCGACUUCAAUACUCCAUUGUUUAUAACUUUGUAUUAUCCCACCGCUAUUCCCUCAUUCUUCCUAUUCAGAUGAACCGACAAAACCUGAAAACCCUCACCCCAUUUACUGUCGGCGUCACCAUCUUCUCUAACAUGGAUUUCGGCUUGAAAUUUAUGUCGUGUGGUCUCCACCUUCUCCACCAUCAUAUAUGCAACCAGAAAGAGAAGCAGUAUCUUCAUGCGCACAUCAGACCCGAUGAGCCUCUUCCACCUACGUCGUCGCCCCAUGUUCUACGUUCCAGUCGGCCCAGUUUCUCCAAACCAAAAAAAUACUCUAAGAAGAACCUUUUGAAGGUACUAGCCAACAAAUCCACCAACAAAGGCCCGCCUUUCACAUGA